GUCAGGCAAAUGAACGGUGUGUUUUAAAACCCCACGGUGACAGACGCCGUUGUUCUCCUGGCUGCGGGCCGAGGGGGAUUUCUAUCUUGUCGCUUCCCUGUUGCUGAGGAUAUUACAUAAUAUGGCGGUAAGCUGUUGAUGUAGGUCAGAGCCAAAAACCGGAUCGGUCCGACUUGUUUUUAACUAAAAAUAACUUUUUAUCCCGCUCGACGGUCCAGGUCUGUUGGUAGCAUUAGCUUCAUUUUACAAUGGGGAUCAGUAGGAUAUACAUUAGCAUAGGCUAUGCUAGCUUCGGUACUCUGGUUGGAUUUUCAGCCUUCCUUGUCUGGAAUAUCGCCUAUAAACAGCCGUGGACAGCGGCCAUGGGAGGCCUGUCAGGAGUUUUAGCAUUCUGGGUUCUAGUCACACACAUCAUGUACCUGCAGGACUACUGGCGCACCUGGCUCAAGGGCCUCAAAUUCUUCAUUGCUGUCGGUGGGCUCUUCUCAGUUCUGGCUGUCGCUGCCGCCUUUACCUUUCUAAGUCUGGCCAUCACACAGAAACAAUCUCUGACCGACCCGCGGACCCUCUACCUUUCCUGCGUUUGGAGCUUCCUGACGCUCAAAUGGUCUUUCCUGUUGGCCUUGUACUCUUACAGAUACCGCCAGGAGUUUGCCGACAUCAGCAUCCUCAGCGAUUUUUAGCCAGGAGGCUUUUUAUAGACUUCGGUGAAGGUUGAAGGAUUUAGGAAUGCCAGCAGGAGCUGGACUUUGAGCUUUUGAACAACAGGAGGAAAAGCAGACGUGGCUGAUUUGGAAGUCGUAUGACUUUUACCACACGGAGAUGCACUUGUUGCUCUCGCAUAACAAGCUCUUUCCUUCGUCUUGUAACCUGUUUUACUACCUAACCACGAGUUACAGCUAAAGUUGAAUGCUUGUUCGGACUGGAGCAGUGCACUGCUGGGAAUGUAGGGAGUGUUUUUUCCCCUGAGAUUUUAUUUCUUGAUUUGUUUUGUUAUAAAACAACUUGUGUGAAUGGAAAUCACCACCGUUAUGGUGUCGUAAUACAUCGUAACGGUUGUAUUAACACACAGAAAUUAACACACAGAAAUUCUCAGAACCAAAACGAAAUGCUCAAAAUGAAACCACAUGUUUGGUAGGUUGAUGUUGGCUUUUGAAGAUGCGUCUAAGAGAAUGGCAUUCCAAAAGUUUAUCUACCACUGAUCUCAUGACAGCAGAUGUUUAGACGUUGGUGCCACUGAAGUUGAAUUAGUUUCCAUACCAAAAAAAAAAAAAUACUGAUACAGGUUUUAGUUUUUUUUCUCUUUAAAAGUAGCAGUUGCACAUGUGAUAAUUUAAAGUAGGGAAAAUAGGUGUUAAAUAUGUCAAUGUUUUUCUCCAUGAAUACAUUUUUAAAGAUGCUAUUGACAUGAAAUUCAAACAGAUGUUGGGUGAUGCACACAAAUAAAUAAAAACAUAAUAAUUUUAUAAAUUAUUAAAUCUUAUCUAUCUUAUCUUAUAUGGAAUAAAGUGGAAUGGCAGAGGUAAUAAGCAUUGAAGUAGCUUGAUGAAUUUUCUGUUUAGUUCUUUGUCGAAAAGGCUUUUUAGUAAUGGCAUCUUCCAGACAUUCACACCAGAAAAUUCGUUGCGCUUAUGGGAUUUUUGUUAAAGUUCUUCUGGUUACUUUAUUUUCUAUCUAUAAAAACAACAGGGUUCCCAUGACUCUGUGUAUGUGAGAGGUUGUCCUGUUUAAAAAUCCACCCCUCAUUUCAUCUUCAGAUUCUUAUCAAGGAUGUCUAUUUAUCCUUCCUUCAAUUAAAGGGAGUCUGCCUGUGUAAUGUUAGGGAUAGGAAUUCAUCAUACUGUUUACUCACAUCAUGAAAUGAUCAAUCGUUUAUUCAGUGAUAAUAAUAAUGAUGCACUCUGAUGGAAAUCCUGAAAUAAUUGACAGCAGGUUGUUACUGUUGUAUCUUCUCUCCUUUGUUAGCUCCAAGAGAUCGGCCGUAAAAGCUGCUUCUAUGUUUUAAAAUAUGAUUUAAUGCUUCUGCUGGAUAUGUUUUAGCAGCACUGUGGCAUUACUGAAUGAAACUAGAUGAUAAUGGGAACAAUAUUCGUGUUUGCAAAUAUGUCUAAUAGAUUUAUAGCUGAAAACGGCGAUGAAUUUUCAGUUUUUGUCAUCACGGCUACAAAAUAUUGUGAUUAGUAUUUUAAUCUCACCAGACUAUUUUAUUGUAGUAUUUUAUAGACUUGUCCGAAUACUCUGUAAACCUUUAAACGGGUUUCAAAAUGCUUUUUCUUCAGUAGUGGCGUCUUGUGCAGAGAGUGGUUGAGUGAAUAACUUAUUGUUUUCGUGGAGAAAAUCCCUCCUGGUUUUUCUGACAUGCUGUGUGUCUCCUAAAUGACUUCUCUCAACUUAUUUUUAAGGUGAAAUUAUUGUCUUUCCACUUCCAGAUUAUGCUCCUAGUGGCACACAUUGAAACAUUCAGAAGUUUAGACAUAUUGCACUUAAUUUUCCUUCUAUUUCCAGUGCUUACCUGUCAUUCCACUUUGUGAAUUUCAUAUCAAUACGUCUAUUCGAAAUAGAUUUACUGAGAAAAACAUCCUCAAUACUUGUUUUCCCUGUUGCAUAUUAAAUGUUCAUUUUGAUUGCAGGUUAUUGGUGCACUUAGCAGCUACUUGCUUAGUUUUGAGCUGUCACUACUUCAGUCUAAAACGAAAGACAUGAUCAUGCGUUUGUGGAGUCUUGUUGCAACAACUACACCAAGAAACAAACAUUACACCACAAGACACUUGCAUGCAAGAAGAAGGCAUUUUGGCAGCAUAGUUCCCUUCUCUGUUGUCAUUGAGUUCCUUAAAUGAGUUAUUUUCUAUAUUUAUGUUCUCAAAUCUUGCGAGGGGUUGUGUAACUUUUCCCUGACGAAACUAUCCCAUACACUUCGUAGUACAUUUUAUUUUUAGUAACAAGUCUAAGCUGCAGCCUCUCCACUUCUUGUUUCUGUCCAACAUUUAGAGCUCCUGCAGUACUUUCUUGAUCACCUUUCAGUGAACAUGAGCAUUAAUAUUUAGCAGUGCUGUUGUCUGGUGUGACAUCCUUUCAGCUCCCCUGCAUCAUUUAAGAAAAAAAAAACUUCUUUAAGUUCAGAUGCUCUAAUUUAAAGCUUUAUCACAAAACUAUCAAUGCGAUUGGAUUACUAAAGCUAUCAAUAUGGAAUGAAAAAUUAUUAUUCUGAUGUAAAAAGUGCUUUUUCUGUUUGUUCCACAAGAGGGAGACGUAACACUUUCUGAUACUCUUAACAUUCCUGUUUUGGAAAAAAACACAUGGAUUUGAUACAGAGUUGCACUUUAGUAAAUGACAUUAAUGCCCUUGUUUUGCACACAGGUUGUCAUUUCUGUCUCAACCCCGGAAUGUUGUAAUAAACCAAGUAACAUUCAAUUUCCUAUUGGUUUGAUUUCACUAAUCAAGCUAAGGUCUUUUUUUUCUUCUUUUGUUUCAUUGUUUCUCUUGUCUACAUUUUAAUUAUGAAACAUGUACAGUAUUUGUCAGUGGUUGCAUGUGAGAAUACUACAAGUACAAACCAAACACAUUAAAAAUGCAUUUAUUGUUAUUUCUGUCACCUCAAGUCUUCAAUAAUAAAGCAGAGAUACAGCAGCAGUC